UAGAUGUCACAGACAACCAUUAGACCAUCAGGAGUCCGCACCCUCAGGCCUUCUUGCCCCUUUGAGGACCCACUUUGAGGGGCUAGGACUCUGUUUCCACCCUGUCUGGGGCAGUGUGGCUGUGGUACCGCCUUCCUGCCUGGCCAGCCAAAGGUGGGGGUGGCCAGGGGCCCUGCAGAGCUGGAAGGGGCGGUCUACAGCCUGUCCACAGCCCAGGACUCCGUGAUGUCAUAGCGGGUGCUCCAGAGGGGGAGGAGAGGAGGGGGCUGGCUGUUUUUCUGGAGAGUUAGAACUAAAGUGAAACAAAGCGGCUGCAGGGCUGGGUUGGGACCAUGGCGCUGCCGUCCCAUAUCCUGCUGUGGAAACUCGUGCUUCUAAGGAGCUCUGCUGUUCUUCUGUACUCAGGGCCCGCGGGGCCCCCGACAGCGGGCAGCUCCGUGGUGUCCGAGUCCAAGGUGAGCUGGGCAGCAGGCUCCACGGUGGUGUUGCGCUGCCAGAGUCCACGCAUGGUGUGGACCCAAGACCGGCUGCACGACCGUCAGCGUGUGGUCCACUGGGACCUCAGCGGCGGCCCUGGCGGCCCCGCCCGCCGCCUCGUGGACAUGUACUCGGCAGGCGAGCAGCGCGUGUACGAGCCGCGCGACCGUGGCCGCCUCCUGCUAUCGCCCUCCGCCUUCCACGAUGGGAACUUCUCACUGCUCAUCCGCGCGGCGGAGGAGACAGAUGCGGGGCUGUACACCUGUAACCUGCACCACCACUACUGUCACCUCUACGAGAGCACGGCCAUCCGCCUUGAGGUCAACGACAGCCCGCUGGCGGCCGGAGCGUACUGGGACGGCGAGAAGGAGGUGCUGGCAGUGGAGCGCGGCGCGCCCGCGCUGCUGACAUGCGUCAAUCGCGCGCAAGUGUGGACCGACCGGCACCUGGAGGAGGCGCAGCAAGUGGUGCACUGGGACCGGCAGCCUCCAGGGGUGUCGCACGACCGCGCCGACCGCCUGCUCGAUCUGUACGCGUCGGGCGAGCGCCGCGCCUACGGGUCGCCCUUCCUGCGCGACCGCAUGGCGGUGGGGACGGACGCUUUUGCGCGCGGGGACUUCUCGCUGCUCAUCGACCCGCUGGAGCCGGCGGACGAGGGCACCUACUCCUGCCACCUCCACCACCACUACUGCGGUCUGCACGAGCGCCGCGUCUUUCACCUGCGAGUCACUGAGCCGGCCGCGGAGCCGCCUCCCCAGGACUCGCCGGGCAACGGUUCCAGCCAAAGCGGCGCUCCUCGCCCAGUCCCUGCAGACCCCACGCUGGCGCGCGGCCGCAGCGUCAUCAACGUCAUCGUCCCCGAGGGCCGUGCACACUUCUUCCAACAGCUGGGCUACGUGCUGGCAGUGCUGCUGCUGUUCAUCCUGCUGCUGGUCACCGUGCUCCUAGCCGCGCGCGGGCGCCGCCGCCGAGGCUAUGAAUACUCGGACAAGAAGCCGGGGGAGUCAUGGCGGAAGGACAUGAACACGGAGGAGCCUGCUGAGGCUACAGGGGACCAGGCUCUGUACAAGAGUGAGGACAUCCAACUCGAUUUCAAAAACAACAUACUGAAGGAGCGGGCAGAGCUGGCCCAUAGCCCCCUGCCUGCCAAAAACAUAGACCUGGACAGAGAGUUCAGGAAGGAGUACUGCAAAUAAAAUGACCCUGGGCUUCUGGCUGGGCCAGCAGUUCUGCCAACUCCUGUGUGUCAUCUCCUGACCCUCACACAGCUCACCCAACCCCCUUCCAGCGGCUGGUCCCGCUUUCCUGGAACUUGGCCAGGUGCAGAGGCCACCUCCAUACCCCUCUCCCAGGAUUCUGGGGGGGGGGGGUAUAGUCACACCUCCAGAUCACUGGUGGCCCUGCCCUAUUGCCUCCCAUGUCCACCAAGCCCUCGGCCCUGUGGGCUGUGGCAAGAAGCCACUCUUGGAGGGGGCUCAGAACAGGCAGCCUUGGAGGAGCUGGUGUCAGUCUCAGGGCUGGCACCCACCCCUCUCUUUAAGAACCACUCUCAGCCACACCAUGCAUUACUCUGAGCCCCACCAGGCCACAAUUCUGAAUGGGGACCUGAGGAGCAGUCAACACCAGGCCCCCGGCUAAGGCUCCUCUGUGCUGCUUUGGGCCACUGGGACUGCCCCAUGGCCCUCUCACUGCUUCUACUCCUGCCCAGCUUUGCUCUUAGUGGGCUAUCCUGACGGUCACUGGGCUCCACAUAACUUUUGACUCUGACCCCCUUUCCAUGUUUCCUCCCUGAGCUAGAGUUGGAGGCUAGGGCCACAUUUGGCUUCUGUAUUGGCUGAAAACAGGGGAAGGGGUGAGUGAAAACAAUUCUAGGGUAGCCUAUGCUGCCACUUCUGACACCCCACACUUGUUCCUGCUGGUGGAAAUGUUACCAUCACAAUAAAGGCUUGGCCCAGGUAUGCCUCUGAAACUCCCCCUGGCUCCCAGGGACGGGGCUGAGUCUGGGCCUUGGGAACCCCCAGUGUUUUCCUGACUUUCAUUUGAAGUCCCACUGUCAUUGUUUCCUUUGAGUGGAAAGUCUGUGUCUGAGUCCUCUUAGGAGCAAGUGUUCUGGGAAGGAACAUUGAGCCAAUUCUGUAUUGCUUACUCCUGUUUGUGGAAGAGAUCUUCAUUUUAAAAUUUUAUUUAUUUAGUUAUGAGUCUCACUGUUGCCCGCACUGGAGUGCACUGGUGUAAUCAUAGCUCACUGCAGUCUCGAACUCAGAGACCCAAACCAUCCUCCUAUGUUGGCCUCCCAAAGUCUGGGGUAGAUCCUCUCUGAGGGUUUAUUUGGACAAGGGGAAAAGGAAUAUGCUGGUGGCUAUGGGGACAAAGAGGGGAAGCAGACAACUCAGAUGGGAUGAAGGGAAAGGGGCAAGACUGGGCAAAAUGCUUCAGACUGGGCUGCAGGCCUGACUCUUGUGAAGGGCACAGCAAGGAAGGAGGCGCUGGUAGAAAGUGGCCCAGACUGCCAGAUUACAGGGCAGUGCCAAGUAAGUCCUGGCCUGGCCACCAAAGGGUCCACCACUGGAAUCCUUUCUGUCACUGGUUGGUCAGACUGCAUGGCCUUGGCAUAAAUGUAGGAUCAGAUUUGGAGGCAGAGGAGCAGUGGAGGGCAGGAAGGCUCUUGGUUACCCAGACCAGCAACUCAGUGCUGCUUAGUGGAGCCUGUUUCCCCACCCCUGAUCCUAUGCUCUGGAGUCCUCCCUAGAUAGUGGGGAUAGGAAAGGAUGGCGGUCACCCAUAAAGACCCCAGGGUAGGAAAGGUGGGGUGGGAGGCUGGUCUGGGGAGGUGUGGCUUGCUAGAGGAUGCACUGCUCUCCCAGUCCAAUGACCUCUGGCCCCACUGGCGGCCACAUGGUUCCUGGACAAGGCCUUUCCUGUAAGGGCUCAAGCUUUGGCCACAAACCCACCCCUCCUGGCAGGGGCCCAGCCUGACUUCACAGGGGGAUUGGCCUCAGGCCUUUGGAUGGCAACCUCUCUUAGACUAGGGCUGAGCAUGUGUGAGUGGCCAAUUCCUCCUCUGGUUUGUGUCCAGCCUGGGGCAUGCAGGUCUGCUGAGUGAGCUUUCAGGGCGGGAGCUGUCGUCCUCCUUCUCUGAGCCCUCGAAGGUCUUUCUGCCCAGGAGACCUCUGGGGAAACCA